AUGAGUGGAAUGGCAGAGCAUUGGAGGCAUUUGAAUCGGCUUCAAGAUGUAGAUUUUGAAAAUGACAGCUUUAUUUCAAUUGCAGAAGCGGUAUACUAUCAACUUAAGGAUCGCUAUAAUUCCAUCCCUGGUACUGAUAUUUUACCGGAACAGCUUUCAAAACUAGAGCUGAUCAAAUUUGAGAAACAAAAUGAUAUGAUCGAUUAUUAUAGAGAACAUCAAGUCAUCGGAGACCCAACCAUUCCUCCUGUUGCCAAUAUUGGCAACAUUUCGAACACUUAUUGCAUCCUUCCGUGUUAUCAAAGAAGACUAUCCAACGAGAAAUUACCAAAUCAAGCGCCAAUUCCAACAAUGGAAAACUCAUUUUGCCCAAUUUAUUUGGAGAACUCUCCUCCAAAAGUUCCUAAAAUUAAAAGCAGUGACUCAAGAAAUUUUGAUGAAGAGUAUAAGAAAGCAGCUGACAAUGAGGAUUUCGUAUUUUGGUCCAUUGCAGGACGAACAUUCCUGUUAAUGCAAAGUAAUGGAUUCAAUGUCAACGAUGCCACUUAUUCUCAGUUAACAGCAGUCACAAGGAUAGGCCAAAAUCGUGCCCUUAGUUUGAUGUCUGGAAGAGCAUUCAAAGAACUGGAAGGUUGUUUUCAAGGACUGUCCCCGACAAAAUACCGCUAG